AUGUCAUCACAAACGUUGACAGCGGCGAACGUAUUCGUGGUUUUACGCCAGCUUCGAUCCCUAUGUUAUCCUAUACCAUCCUUCGCAUCCUCGCAAACUAUUCCUUCAAGAGCUUAUAGCAAUUACAAUGCGGCGCGUCACACUUCUUUAGUUGUCCCAGCAAACAUUGCAAUAAAACAAUGGCAUUUUGCGGCCGCCUAUUCCACUGCUCCCCCAUCAAAGACUGCGAAAGAAUCCGGUGAAGACACCGAUCUACUCGAACCAACGAAGCCUAAACCUAAGAAGCCUGUACCUGCAUGGGCGGUCCAGAAAAAUGCGCUGAAGGAGAAAUUUAAAGAAGGGUGGAAGCCGCGGAAGAAAGUGUCUCCUGAUACCAUGGAGAGCAUACGGAAGCUACAUAGCAUGGAUUCCGUGAAGUUUUCGACAAAGAACCUUGCAGAGGAGUUCAAGAUUUCAGCCGAAGCUAUUCGAAGGAUAUUGAAGAGCAAAUGGCGAGCCACAGAGGAAGAGGAGAUUGAUAGGAGAAAUCGUUGGGAGAAAAGAAAGCUGAGGAUUCAAGAGCAAAUGAUGGAGCUGGGACUGCGGCACACCGACCCUAUUUCUAAGGAGGGUCCUAGCAGCGACAUGGAGUCAUCUCAUCGCAACAAGUCCUCAAGCGCUAUUGAAAGCCUUGCUGGUGAAUAUCUAUCCCAAAGCAGAGGCCAGGAAUCCUCUCCCCAGAAGAGGCGUGAUCCCUGGGAUGUUACUGCAGAUGAUCUUCCCGGUACUAUAAGAACUUCCACCAGGGAUGCCUGGCCGCAGGAACGCUUUCCUGAGAGAAGAGGCAGUUCUCAAAGGCGAACUCGACGGGAUGAAUACAUUGAACGAGGCCCUAGAGGAAAGCCCGACUGGUAG